GGGCCCGGGCGGUGCUGGGCGGCGCGGGACCGACCGGAAGUGGGUCCGCGGCGUUUUCUGUUCGCGGGCCGCGGGCAGCACUGGCCUAGGCGGCGACGGGCCCUGCGUGCGUCUCUAGCCCGAAGGGAUGGUGGGCGGCUGUGUCCCUGAGCUAGACUGUGAGCACUGCGCGGGGCCCUGGAGGGCGGAGGCCGCCCUCUUCCCCGCCGCCCCGGCCGUGUUGCUAACCGAGCGGGGCUGGGUGAACACGCUUAUUGUGGAGAUGGGGGGAGCUCCCUAGUUGAACAGACCAUUUAAGGAAGAGGACUACUUUUCUACAUGUAUUAUUUAUUGCCUUCUAGUAACUCGCUCAGAAGAUGAAUCCAGCUAAUCCUUUCGGUGGGCAGCAGCCUGGUGUUUUUCCAACAUCUUCCAGUAGCUCCAUAGGAACAUUUCAAGCUAAGCCACAGUUUCGGUUUGGUCAGCCCUCUCUUUUUGGACAAAGCAAUACGUUAUCCGGAAAAAGCUCAGGAUUUUCACAGGUGUCCAGUUUUCCAGCAUCUUCUGGACAAAGUCAGUCUUCAGUGCAAACAUUAGGAUUCUCUCAAACCUCAAAUGUUGGACUCUUUUCUGGACUUGAACACAGUCCAGCCUUCGUAGCUGCCUCUGGGCCUUCGAGUUCAUGUGUGCCUGGAAACCCUGGAUUCAGUUUUAAGUCCCCCAACCUUGGAGCAUUCCCAACUACUUCUACUUUUGCCCCAGAAACUGGAGAAAAAGCAAGCUCUGGCUUUGGGAAAACAGAAUUUGGCUUUAAACCUCUGGAAAACUCAAUGUUCAGACCAAUACUGGGGGCUGAAUCUGAGCCAGAGAAAACUAAGAGCCAAGUUACUUCUGGAUUUUUUACGUUUUCCAAUCCAAUCAGUAGUGGACCUGGGGGACUGACCCCAUUUCCUUUUUCUCAGGGGACAAGUAGUUCAGCCACCAAUUCAAAUUUUACCUUUUCAAAACCAGGCAAUAAUAAUUCAUCAUCUGCCUUUACCCCUGCUUUGCCAAGUCAGAAUGUGGAGGAAGAGAAGCGAGGCCCCAAAUCACUGUUUGGAAGUUCUAGUAGCACCUUCACUGCCUUCCCCAUGUCUUCAGGAUCCUUGGGUGAACCCUUCCCAGUUGGCAAAACAGGUGUCAGACAAGGAAGCGAAGAAGCUGUUUCCCAAAUGGAGCCACUUCCCAGCCUCAUGAAAGGACUGAAGAGAAAGGAGGACCAGGAUCGGUCCCCAAGGAGGCACGGUCAUGAUGCAGCUGAAGACUUGGACCCUCUGUCAAGGGGUGAUCAUCCUCCAGAUAAACGACCUGUUCGCUUGAAUCGACCCCGAGGAGGCACUUUGUUUGGGCGGACAAUACAGGAUGUCUUCAAAAGCAAUAAAGAAGUAGGUCGUCUGGGCAACAAGGAAUCUAAAAAGGAAACUGGCUGUGUCGAGUCUGGGGAAAAUGACCACUUGGUCAUCCCAGGAGGGAGUCAGUCUGUCCCGGUACCUUCCCGGCUUCCAGGUGUGAAUAAAGAGGAAGAAACUGAGAGCAGAGAUAAAAAAGAAGAUUCUCUAAGAGGAACUCCUGGCCGUCAGAGCAAGAGGAGUGAGAGCACAGACAGUCUUGGGGGCUUGUCUCCUGCUGAAGUCACAGCGAUCCAGUGCAAGAACAUCCCUGACUAUCUCAAUAACAGAACCACCCUGGAGAACCACUUUGGCAAAAUUGCUAAAGUGCAGCGCAUAUAUACCAGGCGCAACAAGAAGCUGGCAGUGGUGUAUUUUUUUGAUCAUGCAUCUGCAGCCCUGGCCAGGAAGAAAGGGAAAGAUUUGCAUAAAGAUAUGACCAUCUUCUGGCACAAGAAAAAAUUAAGUCCCAACAAGAAGCCCUUCUCCCUCAAGGAGAAGCAGCCAGGCGAUGGGGAAGCUGGCCAGGGCACCGAGGACACGCCCUUUCAGCACUCCCCGCUCGGCAAGCCUGGGGUGAGGACUGCGACUGUCGGCCUCCUGAGUAAAAGUUCUCCUGUGAAGAAGCCAAGUCUCCUGAAGGCCCAUCAGUUUGAGGAAGACCCUUUUGAUGAGAGCUCCGAGGGCUCUGAGGGCCUCGGGCCGUGUGUGUCAUCCCUCAGUCCCCUGAUAGGUACCGUGGCUGAGACAUCUGAGGAGAAAUACCGCUUGCUUGACCAGAGGGACAGGGUCAUGCGGCAAGCUCGGGUGAAAAGGACUGACCUGGACAAAGCAAGAACUUUUGUUGGGACGUGCCUGGAUAUGUGUCCUGAGAAGGAACGGUACAUGCGGGAGACCCGGAGCCAGCUGAGUGUGUUUGAAGUGGUCCCAGGCACUGACCAGGUGGACCAUGCGGCCGCCGUGAAGGAGUACAGCCGCUCCUCAGCCGACCAGGAGGAGCCCCUGCCGCACGAGCUGCGCCCCUCGGCGGUGCUCAGCAGGACCAUGGACUAUCUGGUGACCCGGAUUAUGGACCAGACCGGGGGCGGCCUGCGGGACUGGUACGACUUCCUGUGGAACCGCACGCGGGGCGUACGGAAGGACAUCACGCAGCAGCACUUGUGCGACCCAGUGACGGUGUCUCUAAUUGAGAAGUGCACCCGGUUUCACAUCCACUGUGCUCACUUCAUGUGUGAGGAGCCCAUGUCCUCAUUUGACGCCAAGAUCAACAACGAGAACAUGACCAAGUGCCUCCAGAGUCUGAAGGAGAUGUACCAGGACCUGAGGAACAAGGGCGUAUUCUGCGCCAGUGAGGCAGAAUUCCAAGGCUACAACGUUCUGCUCAAUCUCAACAAGGGGGACAUCCUAAGAGAAGUGCAGCAGUUCUACCCUGCUGUUAGAAACUCCCCUGAGGUGAAAUUUGCUGUUCAGGCCUUUGCUGCAUUGAACAGUAAUAACUUUGUGCGAUUUUUUAAACUGGUCCAAUCAGCUUCUUACCUGAACGCUUGUCUUCUGCACUGUUACUUUAAUCAGAUCCGCAAGGAUGCUCUCCGAGCGCUCAAUGUGGCGUACACGGCAAGCACACAGCGCUCCACCAUCUUCCCCCUGGAUGGUGUGGUGCGCAUGCUGCUGUUCAGAGACGGCGAGGAGGCCACGGACUUCCUCAACUGCCAUGGCCUCACUGUCUCCGACGGCUGUGUCGAGCUGAACCGAUCCUCGUUCCUGGAACCCGAGGGCUUGUCCAAGGCCAGGAAGUCGGUGUUCAUCACCAGGAAGCUGACGGUGUCGGUUGGGGAGAUUGUGAAUGGAGGGCCGUUGCCCCCCAUACCCCGUCACACCCCCGUGUGCAGCUUCAAUGCCCAGAACAAGUACAUCGGGGAUAGCCUGGCUGCAGAGCCGCCUUCGGGCGUGCAGAGACCUGGCUUGGACAUGGCAGGUGCGGGGAGAGGAGAGGAGUGUGGUGCAGAGGCAGCCGAGCCCCUGCCGGCCCUCCUCCUGCAGCCCCUGCCUGUGUCGGCUUCUCCACCACAUCGCCCGGUGCUGCCCCCGAGCAUCGCGCCCAGCCUCUUGCAGCCCCCUGUGCAGCCCCCCAUGCAGUCGGAGCUCCUCCCGCCAAAGCCCGUGCCUGUUUACUCAGAUGCGGACCUGGCCCAAGUGGUGGAUGAGCUUAUCCAGGAGGUUCUUCAGAGUGACUUUGAGGAAGUCGGUGCCGCCGGGGCAGCCUUCGCAACCACAGCCCUGGGUGUUUCCAAUGCUGCUAUGGAGGAGCUGUUAACAGCUACAACCACAGGCAUCCUGAGGCACAUUGCAACUGAAGAAGUCACCCAGGAAAGGGAGCGGAAGGAGGAAGAGAGGCGGCGGGCUGAAGAGGAGAGGUUGAAACAAGAGAGAGAAUCAGCGUUGACUCAGCUGAGCCGGGACCUGGCCGCAGAGCUGACAGAAGUUGUGGUGACAGAAUGUGUGAGAGAAACCUGCUCCCAGGAGUUGAAGAGUGCAAUGGAGACAGACCAGAGGGUUCGUGUGGCCCGCUGCUCUGAGGACGUCUUUGCCCAUCUGGUGGACUUGUUUCUUGGGGAGGAAAUUUUCCAGACCGCAAAAGAGACCCUGCAGGAGCUCCAGUGCUUCUGCAAGUAUCUCCAACGGUGGAGAGAAGCUGUCGCAGCUCGCAAGAAGCUAAGGCGCCAGAUGCGGGCCUUCCCUGCGGCACCCUGCUGUGUGGAUGUGAACGACCGACUGAGGGCGCUGGUGCCCAGCGCGGAGUGCCCCAUUGCCGAGAAGAACCUGGUGAAGGGCCUCCUGGACCUGGGCCAUGCAGGGAGAGUGGGCAUCUCCUGCACCAGGUUAAGGUGGCUCAGGGACAUGGUGGCGCACCAGAUGAAGGUCCAGCACUUCCACCAGCAGCUGCUAAGUGAUGCUGCAUGGGCACCCCUGGACCUGCCGUCCCUCGUGGCUGAGCACCUCCCAAGACGGCAGGAGCGUGUGUUUUGGAAGCUGGUGCUGGUGUUGCCUGAUGGAGAAGAACAGUCCCCAGGGAGUCCCAGCAGACUUCUAUCACAUUGGUUAAAAGUCAAGUUCAUGGGCGGUGAUGGCUCAGUGGAUGACAUAUACGUUGAUGUUGGUGGGAUUCAGACACUCACUCUCUUUAACACUCUCAGCAGCAAAGGGGAUCAGACAGUUUCUGUCAGCGUGUGCAUCAAGAUCUUCUCUGCUGACUUACUAUUAAAACAGGUGGCCCACGGCGCUCUUAGUGAUGGUGCCCUCGAUGCUGUGGAGACACAGAAGGAGCUCCUGGGAGCCAGUGGGCUCAUGCUGCUGCUCCCUCCCAGAGUGAAGAGUGAGGACGCAGCAGAGGAGGACGUCUACUGGCUGUCGGCCCUGCUGCAGACCAAGCAGCUCCUGCAGGCCAAGCCCUUCCAGCCUGCGCUUCCACUGGUGGUUCUUGCGCCCAGCCCAGGAGGGGACGCCGUGGAGAAGGACGUAGAAGAGGGUCUGAUGCUCCAGGAUUUGGUUUCAGCUAAGCUCAUUUCAGAUUAUACUGUUAUUGAGAUCCCUGAUUCCAUUAAUGACUUAAAAGGCACGAGUAAGGUUUCACAGGCUGUGCAGUGGCUGGUCUCCCACUGCCCCUGUGCCCUUGACCUUUGCUGCCAGACCCUCAUUCAGUACGUGGAAGAUGGGGUUAGCCGGGAGUUUAGCAGCCGGUUUUUCCAUGACAGAAGAGAGCGGAGGCUGGGCGGCCUGGCCUCACAGGAGCCAAGUGCCAUCAUUGAGCUGUUCAACAGUGUGCUGAGUUUCCUGGCCUCUGUAGUGUCCUCCGAGCAGCUCUGUGACCUGUCCUGGCCCGUCGCUGAGUUUGCUGAGGCAGGGGGCAACCGGCUGCUUCCUCACCUUCACUGGAACGCCCCGGAGCACCUGGCCUGGCUGAGGCAAGCCAUCCUUGGCUUCCAGCUUCCACAGAUGGAUCUUCCGCCUCCAGGGGCGCCCUGGCUCCCUGUGUGUUCCAUGGUCAUCCAAUAUGCCUCCCAGAUUCCCAGCUCUCGCCAGACGCAGCCUGUCCUGCAGUCGCAGGUGGAGAGCCUGCUCUGCACCACAUACAGCAGGUGGAAGAACAGGCGCCCCUCCCCAGGACGGGGGGCUGGGCCCUCAGUUGCUGAGAUCCCAUGGGAUGAUGUCAUCGCCUUGUGCAUCAACCACAAGCUAAGGGACUGGACACCCCCAAGGCUUCCCGUCACAUCAGAGGCACUGAGUGAAGAUGGUCAGAUAUGCGUGUAUUUUUUUAAAAACCAUUUGAAAAAAUACGACGUUCCUUUGUUGUGGGAACAAGCCAGAAUGCAGACGCAGGAGGAGCUACAGUUGAGUCAGGGCCGUUUGGGGAUAAGAUCUUUUCAUCCUUCUGGAAACAAGCUUCCUACUCCAUUACUUCACGUGCGCCGCAAAGGGAAGAGAGGUGUGGAGCGCAGCCAAGAGGGGCGGAUUCCCAGCUCGGAGGAUCUGAUGCACGGAGCCUCGGCCCAGGAGCUCCUGGCCCAGUGUCUGUCUAGCAACCUGCUGCUGGAGAAAGAGGAGAGCAAGAGGUUUGAAGAUCAGCUUCAGCAGUGGUUGUCGGAGGACUCAGGAGCACUUAGAGAUUCAAUGUCCCUUCCCCUCUACCUACCUCAGAAUCUGGUGUCUCUGCCUCAGACUAUUGAACCUGUGAUGAAAACAUCUAUGACUGCAAGCCCUCAGAAUGAAAGGACAGGAAGGCAACUGCAGUUGUCAGAGGCAACAGGCACAUCUCUGACUGAACGGCUGAAGCACCUAGAAAGGCUGAUCCAGAGUUCAAGGGAGGAGGACAUUGUCUCUGAGCUCCAUCUCUCUGCACUGUUGGACAUGGUGGACAUUUGAGCCGCUGGAACUGAGAGAGGGUCCAGAAGAUUUUAUUCUAUUCAAAAUAAUGUUACUCUCAGAUGCUUGAUGCAUGUUGGAAAUGUGAUUAUUAAUCAUGCAAAUAAACCUUUGGAAUAU